AUUGCAUGCUGCUGACGAGGCAAACUUAAACCCAAAGCACCCAAAAGGCAUUUAAACCUUUGGACACCACGGUGGUCCCCAGCUUCAACCUGAGUUUCCUGCUUACCCCAAGGGGAUUGCAGAUGGAGGUGCUGACUCUAGAGAGCGUGCCAAAGGGAUCAAGUGUAAAACAGCACUGCAGCCAGCUCUGACCAAGGGAAGCUCAAGACACUACACGCUUGGGGGAAGGUGAUCAAAACUAGUCUGAUGAGAGGGGAACCUCUCCAGGGUUGUGAUAAUCUCGCUGGCAGACUGUUCUCCUGAAAGCUAAACACGGAUUUUUCUAUCCAUUGCACCUAAAUCAUUCCCUCUCCUGCCCACACGCUUACUGCUGCCUCUUCAUAGCAGUAAUGCCUCUCGUUUCAGGGUGCGCUGCAAAGCAAAUGAGAUGCUAAGAGCCCAGCUCUUUGGCGUAUCAUUUCAACCAUGGGAAAAGUGCAUUGCAAUAGUUUGGGCUUAUGAGGUUGGGAGAAAGCGACAGGGAAAUCUACGUAAAGGUGGGUUUUCCAGAAACAGGACUUAAUUAGCGAAAGGAAGUGAGGAAAACAGCUGCUCCAGCCCUAGAGGGCAGCACAAAAUAAUAAAUAAAAAGCUGAACUCAAGGCAAUCUGAAAUCAUCUUCUGCAUGACAAAAGCACCCCUUUUGCAAUGGGAAUUUCUCCCAGCAGGUCCCGUAGAUUCAGCACUAUGUACUCGCUGCCAAAAAUUCAGCAGCUCACCCGCAUGUUCGAACCCCUCCACCUUUAUCAAAGUCCCUAAUUGCUGCUUUGUGCCAUGAAAACCCUUCAAGUCAGGUGCGUUGCAGCCGACACUGAACCCCCGUCCUGCCAGCAGACUGCUAUCACGCUCUGAUUAGUGGGACCACUGCAAAGAGAAAGACUUAUUUCUUCCAGGACAGGUUUCAAGAUUCUGAGCUUUAUAUUUAUCAGCCAUGAAUUUGAAACCUUUAAUCUUCAAGCUCUAACAAUGCAGAGAGUGAUUUAGGUGCAGGGGUAGGAGGCUGCAACCCUCCAGGAAUGUAAUUCGCGGACACAAAACCCUAAAGUAAACACACCCGCCUUGCACCACGCAUGCAGCUAAACAAUGGCAUCGGCGAUGAUAAGUCACUUAUUCCCCUGAGCAAACCCGUGGCCCGAUCCUGACAGUUUUUCUGGCAAAAAUCCCCCUUGUUUCUCAACGCCUGCCCCGAGCGAGGGCUUCAGGAUGUCGUACAGUAGCUGACUCUGUCCAGAGCACAGCGGUGGCUGGGACCCAGCAAGAGACCGGAGAGGAGUCCGGAGGAAGACAAGCAACAUAAUUUAAAGCAGACACUGUCCCAAAUAAGGUUAUUUCCCUGAAAAUGCCUCUGUUAUGAAGUUACGAGCGAGCCCCUUGGCAUCCUGAAUGGGUGAAUGUGAAGAUGAAGAACAAUUUCAUCGGUACCAGGACUGAGCCGGUUUUGAAGAGCUGGAUAUGCUUUUUAAAGACAUGAUAAGCAGUGUUUGGGGAUGCGAGAAACCCUUGAAACAAGCAGAACCAUGAAACUGUACAUCGUCUUCUUCCUGGCAGUGGUGAACAGAGGGACCUCUAACUAUCAGCCCACAGAGGGGAUAUCCUGUGAAAUGGCAAACUCACAGGCAUUUUGCCACAGCAGAGAACUUCACCAAGUCCCUCAUGAGCUGCAUCCAAAUGUAAACAAAAUAGAUCUGUCUGGAAAUCUGAUUCAAAGCAUCCCUGAAAUGCCGUUAUCUUUUUACACUUCACUCCAGUGCCUGGAUUUAAGCUCUAACCAGAUAAGCUUCAUCACGCCUGGAGUCUUUGCACACAUGACAAGUUUGCUGGAAAUAAAUUUAGCCAACAACCACUUAUAUGAGCUUGCUCAGAAUGGGACAGAAGGCAUCGGACUUUUACCCAAGGUGGAAAUACUGGACUUGUCCCACAACAGUCUCUACAAUGGGAUGGCUGAGUUUUUCAUUAAACAAGCUCCAGCACUGCGGUAUCUUUCCUUGGCAGACAACAGUAUUAUAUUUAUAUCCCACAAGAUGUUUCAGGGAUCUCCCAAUCUUGUGGAGAUAGAUCUUCAGAGUAAUAUCAUCAUGGAAAUAGAAGAAGGUGCUUUUGAGAUGCUAGUGAACCUUUCCAAACUCAAUCUCUCCAUGAAUUCAAUUACUUGCAUCUCUGAUUUCAACCUCAGGCAGCUGGAGAUACUUGACCUUAGCAGGAAUAGCAUUGAGACCUUCCACACCACAAAGUCAGAUGAUGAAUAUAGCUUAAGAUGUUUGGAUCUGAGUGAAAACAAACUGCUUCACUUCCCAGUCUUCCCCCAGGUAAAUAAGCUGGUAACUCUGAAUUUAUCAAAGAAUUUAAUCCAGCUCUCUGCUGAAUCCCCUCAUAAUAAAAUGGACUAUAUGGAAAACGAAUGGCUAGAUGCUUCUUUUCAUCUUCUUGAUCAGAAGCAAAGUAGAAACAAAAGUUCUCUUUAUUUAUCCCACCUUGUAUAUUUAGACUUAAGUUAUAACGAAAUCAAAUCCAUACCGGAUGAGUUCUUUGAAUCAAUGUUGUCCCUUCACACCCUUAAUCUCAGUAAAAACUGUCUUCAGGCAUUUGCAGUAACUUAUGACAGUGCAUUGAUCUCCCUAACUGUCCUUGACUUGAGCUACAAUGCUUUGCAGAACCUUCUCCUAGAUGCUGGCACGUUGUCAAAUUUGAAGGAGCUCUAUAUUCAAAACAACCAUCUUCAGACCCUGCAAUUUAAUAUCUUCUCAAGUCUUCCUAGCCUCAGACUGCUCAAUCUACAGAGCAAUAAUAUCAGCCUUUGCAGCAUGUACUCAGGAUUAGCUAAGCAAAGACUUGCUGGAGAGGAAAGUGGUUGCGUAUCAUUUGUUGAUUCUCCUACUCUUCAGUACUUGUACCUAGCCGACAACAUGCUGAACGUCCUACCAGCAUACACUUUUUACAAGACAUCUCUGAUUGUCUUGGAUCUCUCCAUGAACCUGGGACUGAAAAUAGAAGUUAAAGCAUUAUCAGGACUGGAAAAGUCUCUGGAAUAUUUGUAUUUACAUGGCAAUAGCCUCAUAGAUUUAAAUAUUGACUUGCCUUGUUUUAGUCACCUUAAACAUUUAAACCUCUCUGAAAAUCAGCUGAACUGGCUGCCUAAGUGGGGUAGUGACUCUCCAUUGGAAGUUCUGGACCUACGGAACAAUAGGUUUAGUACAUUACAGAACAGCAAUAUUUUAGCGUUAGAAAAUUCCCUUAAAAACUUGUAUCUCACUGGGAACCCACUCAACUGCUGUGGAAACAUCUGGCUUUCAUCAAUGAUCCAGAACAAAAAUGUCCAGAUCCCCAAUGUGGAGCACUUAACAUGCCAGUACACUCAGAACUUCGGGUACCAGGAAGAAAUGCACAUCGGGAAUAUUAGACCAGAAGACUGUGAAAAAGAGGAUCUGAAGAAAAUCAAUUUCCUUAUUAUAUUAACAUUUGUGUUGGUUUUAUCUGUGAUCAUCAUUGGCGUGGGUUUGUUUUUUUGCUUCCGCAGGCAAAACUUUAGUCAUCAGUUUAAAGCAUAGGAACACAAAAUGCCUUGAAAACCGAAGAAAUCAGGUGCUACACUGCCGGUGUGUAGAAAAGAAGGGUAAAAUUCUCAUCUUUGAUUUUUAACUGUGGAUUUUAGGACAGUUUGAAAGUGUCCCUCAGCUGCACCUGUGUUGCAGGGACUGAAAGGAGAAUUUGCCGUGUUUUGCACUUGCUUCAUUCACAAGCAGAUCUGCUUAAAAAGUUUAUACAGUAGUAGAAGAGGCCACUGUAAAGCCCUGCUGUUGUUUUGAGGGAUGUGUAAUUUAAACCAGACCAAAAGAAAAAGCCCUCUAAGGUCUUGAGACUUUUCACUCUGCUCAGAGAUACUUUGUGAUGUCACCUUCACAGAAAGACUUCAUGCAAAUUGAGCAUUGUAGCUGACUCACUUUUUUAUGACAGUCGUUGAUGACAUCAGCUGAGUAGGAAAGCCCUUCUCAAAGUUAUGUGCCUCCAUGAGAUAUUUUGCUUUGAGCUAUGAGCUUGGCUUUUUCCUAACUGGUUAGAAAUAACAGCUCCUUACCCUUCUUAAAUCAUACAAGCUGAUGCCAGGGCGGGCCAAUAUACAAUCUUUCAGUCCUUGAAGUUGGUUGCAAAUCUCCCAUGAGUUCCAAAACAAUGAGGAUUCAGCUAAAAAUGGAAAUCACAGCUCAUGUCUGUUGUGCUCAUGGCUGCCAUUUAGAAAAUCCACAGCUAUCCAUGGGAACCAAAUACCUGGGUGGUAGGAACCUCUUUGGAUACCUCUCUUUGCUUGUAGUAUGUUGCUCCAGCCAUUGGAGCAGGACACGAGAGGUAGAUGAGGUUAAUUAGUCUUGGCGCUUAAUACCCAAGGGGGAUGUAAGAGAAAUCUCAGGCGUGAAGGAACUGCACUAUACGUUACCCAGAUCUGCUCAGAAGGUCACAGGUCCACAGUUCGACUCAAAGAGGAGAAAUUUGCUCCUCGCGUGCAAUACAUAUUUAACUGGGUUUAAUGUGAAGAAAUUCAUCUCUGGGGUGAACGCUUUUUAAAAGAAAAAUCUUGGAGAAUGAAUUUCAACCAGCUACCAUUGGACUGAAAUGUUUAUGUUUCUGAGGAAAACUGUUGGGAACUCACUGCAUACAGUUGCAUUUCAAUGCAAAAAAAUAAUAUGGCUAUUUUUAAAGGUCACAGGAGGUUAGAGAGCAAAAAAGGUGUGUUAAAGAUACCAGUGUGAAACAAUACACAGGGAACACAGUCCCAGGACAUUAUUCAGAUCACAUGUCCACUGUGUCUCCCUAAAAAGAUAUUAUGGUCUAGAGGACUGACUGCAAGAAAAGUUAUGUAGAUCCUCAUUCUGCGAUGGGUUUAACAUGGCCAACCUGUUGCGUUGCUAAAAGCUGACACUGACAUAUGUUAUGUCCCAUACUCUGACAGCAAAUUCACCCUUUUGAAGUGAAAAAAAGCUCACCAAAAGUGGGAGCCUGACCUACUAACGGGGUUCAAUGGCUUCAAAAGGAGCUAUAUCAGGUUUUCUCAUAAUGUCAGGAACUGUAUAUUAAGGCACAUAAAGGAAAUAGAGGUCAAACCAAAACCUGUCCAGGUAAAUAACUCAGAGUCAAAUUGCUGCUCCAUUUCUGUUUCUUCCAGCUAGUGAAUGUCAAAAUUAAAACACUACAAUCAGGUGUAUAAUUCUAUUUUUAAAGCGGUUAUGUAAGAAACUGGCUGGUACUUUUGAUUGUGGAAUUUUGUACAAUAAAAACACCUUUGAAUUUUGUAAAAAGCACAGGGUUGUGAAUAUAUUAAAGCACCAGCUUGGAAUGCUCCACAGAUGAAA